AACCCAAACGCCACGUCAUCAUCAUUAUUAAAAUUCCCCCCCAAAACUUGUCGAAAUUAUCUUUUCCACCCCAAAAUUCGAUUCUUCUAGUUCUUCAGUUUCUUUGUCCUCUCUUCCGUUUCUCCUCCGCACCAAUAUAUAGUGAGGUGAUAUAGAGAGAUAGAAAGGGAGCGGGAUAGAGAGAAAGUUUGAGUUUUUCGAUCGAAUUCGGUGCCAUUUGUUUCUGUAAGAAUCGAAAAAUCAAGAACUAUAUUAUCCUCAGAUUUGAUCUUUUUUGUUAUUUUACCUCAAUUUUCACUUCAAUCAAUGGAAAUUCAUCCUUUAUGUCAUGAUCAAGCCUCAUUCUCUCAUAAUUCCAAUACCAGUGGUACGAAUGUCUUCGCUUUGUUAGCUCAAAGAGAGAUCUCACCCAGAACCAAACAUGUACGUAAAUGGCACUGGGGAGAAUCUUCUAAAUCAAAAUCUGGUUCAUCCAAUUCUAAAGAUGCAAAGUGUGGUCUCCUCUCAUGGGUUGAGGCUGAGUCAUUGCGGAAUUUGUCAGCCAAGUAUUGUCCUUUGUUGCCUGCCCCACGGUCUACUAUUGCAGCAGCAUUUAGUCUAGACGGGAAAAUGAUCGCCUCCACACAUGGGGACCACACCGUAAAGAUAAUUGACUGUGAAAGUGGAAACUGCUUGAGGGUAUUGGGUGGUCACAGGAGGACGCCUUGGGUGGUUAGGUUCCAUCCUAUGCAACAACAGAUACUAGCCAGUGGGAGCUUGGACCAAGAAGUUCGUUUAUGGGAUGCUAGCUCAUCAGAGAGGAUUUUAUCUCACUAUUUCAAUCGCCCCAUUGCAUCUCUUGCUUUCCAUGCCAAUGGGGAAAUAAUUGCUGUUGCAUCAGGCCACAAGUUGUACAUGUGGCACUACCAAAAUGGACGGGAAUUAUCUUCACCAGUAAUUGUGUUGAAGACAAGGCGCUCACUACGGGCUGUGCAUUUUCACCCGCAUGGUGCACCAUAUCUUUUAACUGCUCAGGUCAAUGAUCUCAACUCUUCAGAUUCCUCAAUGACAGAGGCAACGUCUCAUGGUAAUUUACAAUAUCCUCCACCGGGUGUUUUUGUCACAAAUGUUCACCCCAGGAUGCAUAUCAAUAUUUCAAGUGAACCACCUGAGUCAAGAGUAGAGCUACAGGAUGCUAGUAAUGAUGUUGGUUCGAGUAGCAUGCGGGUUGAGUCAUCUUCUGCAGUUCAGUUUCGAACUGAUGCAAAUGCAACUGAACAAUCUGAUAUUCGAUUGUCAAACUCCGAGAUACGCUCUAGCUCUCAAACUGGUGCAGAAUGUAGUGUCCAUUUACAUAAUCAAAUGAGAAUUGGCAUCAACAACCUCGCAAUGGGUGGUACGGAGACUUAUGAAACAGAACCAGCUGACGUAAGUCAACAUGAAAACCCUGAUCAUGUUCAUUCUCUUGAUGUGAUGUUACAUGAACCAUCUAGGCAUGCUGUAAAACAUGAGGAUCUCUCUGAGUUUGAUCAAUUUCCUCAGAUUGUUCCUUCACGAGAAAGUGUAUGGGAGUUACCUUUUCUGCAAGGAUGGUUAGUGGGUCAAACCCAAGUUGGUGUUCCCUCAAUGCUUUCCCACGUUGGAGGCAGUCAUGAAAGCCUUCCUCAACAGAUUGGUUCCUCCGCUAUGCCAUCUAAUCUGUCCACUCCUAAUGUUGAGGUAGCUAUGCCAUCUUCAGAAAUGCCCAGCGGCAUCAGCAUACCAGCAGUUUUGCAAUCAGGUUUACAGAAUCAAUUUUCACCGUCCCUUUUACCUGUAGCUGAGGCUGGAAAUCUUGCGCCUUCUAUCAAUGCGGCACCUGAUGGGUUUGAUACCCAAGCCAUUAUAAGUAGAAUCCAGUCAGAACUUGCCACAUCAGUGUCGGCUACAGCUGCUACAGAGUUACCUUGCACUGUUAACUUAAAAGUAUGGUCAUAUGACUUAAAUAAUCCCUGUGCUCAACUACAAAGAUGCCAUCUAACUAUACCACAUGUCGUCCUCUGCAGUGAAAUGGGUGCCCAUUUCUCACCAUGUGGUAGAUUUUUAGCCGCAUGUGUUGCAUGUAUGCACCCUCAUAUAGAAGCUGAUCCAGGAUUACAAACUCUUGUACACCAGGAGCAUGGAAUUCCAACAUCACCAACUCGACAUCCAAUCUCAGCACAUCAAGUAAUGUAUGAGCUCCGGAUAUAUUCCCUGGAGGAAGCAACAUUUGGAUCAGUGCUUGUAUCACGAGCAAUUAGAGCUGCUCAUUGCCUAACUUCAAUCCAGUUCUCGCCUACAUCUGAGCAUAUACUUCUUGCCUAUGGUCGACGUCAUGGCUCUCUUCUCAAAACCAUUGUCAUUGAUGGAGAAACAACAUUACCGAUAUAUACAGUUUUAGAGGUAUAUAGAGUAUCAGAUUUGGAACUUGUCAGGGUGCUUCCUAGUGCAGAGGAUGAAGUCAAUGUGGCAUGCUUUCAUCCUUUUCCUGGGUCAGGGCUUGUAUAUGGAACCAAGGAAGGAAAGCUUAGGGUCUUCCAGUUUGACCGUGCUCACACUGUGAAAGGCACCAGAUCUGUUUACUUCCCUGAGGAGAACAUUGUUGGAGCUAGUCAGUGAGCAAGGUGUCGUCAUACAUUACAUAUUUUUGGGAUUUCAAAUUCUUUUAGAUGACUUUAAUUUAAUUUUCCUGUGGAUGAAAGUAAAUUUUCACCCUUUCUUUCUGCUCUUGGUUAAUUAUUAAAGGGUCAAAGCAAGAAAGUAAUGGUUUCAAUAUCAUGGCCUUUUUCAGGACUUGUUCAUAUGAAAAUGUAAGGUGUUGUAGAAUUUCAAAAGUUAUAAAGAAUUAGCAAUUAUGUUGUGGAUUUUCCGGGGCUCUUGUUAAACUUAAAAAAAAAUACUUUGAAAGUUACUUUGAGAAAGAUUAAUAUAAGUGAGUGUCACACACCUAACGCACUCCAAUGUAUUAGUAUCA